UGUAUAUAAGACAUACAGGUUACCACAUGUAGUCAGAAAACAUUGUUCAGAGAACAAGUUGGGACUCACAACAAGGACCAAGGACUAGAAACAAGACGUUUGUACCUUCUAUCUACAAACUACCAAACAGCCAACUACAAACCUAUUCAUCCAGAUCUAACUACAAAGACAAUAUGGAAUUUGAGUCAAACUGCAGUCUAAUGAAGAACACCUCUGCCAGUGUAGCAUGGAGCUCCAAACUGCCUCAGGGUCUGGAUGUGGAGAUAUCCCAUCACCCCAUCACCCUGCGCUGUGUGGCCAACCUCAUCAUCGCCAUGGAGAGGCUAAAUGGUGGCAAGGGGUUUACCCUGGGAAGAGAUGAGAGCCUGUUAAAUUUCUUGCUGGAGAGCGCAGUGGAAGUGUUGGAGUUGGAGUCGGCGCGCACUGAAGCCAGCAGCAGAGCUGCAGGGUUCAGCAGUAAAGGAGAGUAUGAGUGUAGUGUCACUGACUCUGAGAAUAAGUGCUGGGUGCUCAACGAAGAGUCUAUGGAGCUGCAUGCUAUGAUGCUGCAGGGAGGCAGCAGCUACCAUAAAGUGCAUUUGAACCUGUCUACGUACAUCACGCCUGUCCCCAGUGAGACUAAAGCAAGACCUGUAGCCCUGGGCAUCAAGGGAUCCAACCUCUACCUAUCCUGCAUCACAUCAGAAGGCACGCCCACCCUGCACCUAGAGGAGGUGGCAGACAAGGAGCAGCUGAAGUCCAUCAACCAUGAGAGCGACAUGGUGCGCUUCCUCUUCUACAAACAGGACACCGGAGUUGACAUCAGUACCCUGGAGUCUGCCCAUUACAGGAACUGGUUCAUCAGCACGGCCAUACAGCAGGACAACACCAAGAUGGUGAACAUGUGCCAGAGGGCAACCCCCAACCGCUUCACCACAUUCACUGUCCAGCGCCACAACUAAGGUGGGUGCCGAAACGGACACCACAGAUCUCUCAUAGAGAUCCUAUAUAAUUCAAUGUUAUUUUUUAUUUUUGUUGAACCUUUAUUUAACUAGGCAAUAUAGAUUCUAUAUGUGAUUCUAUAGGACCUUUGUGGUCAGGGCUGGAUUGUCACUUUUAUUUGUAUGUUUGUAAGACACAAUAACUUCUUCAGGUUGUGUGUGUGUGUGUGUGUGUGUGUGUGUGUGUGUGUGUGUGUGUGUGUGUGUGUGUGUGUGUGUGUGUGUGUGUGUGUGUGUGUGUGUGUGUGUGUGUGUGUGUGUGUGUGUGUGUGUGUGUGUGUGUGUGUGUGUGUGUGUGUGUGUGUGUGUGUGUGUGUGUGUGUACUACUAGAGCAAUUCACCAUUGUGGUGUAUUGACUUGGUCAAAGUUUACCACUAGAUGGCGCCGUUGAGUCAGAUUGUGGCAAGCGCCCAUGAUAUUUAUUGUACCGUAUUUAUUGCUGAAUGCCAAAAUUAACUGUAAUUACAUCUACUCUACUAAUCAUAAUAUUGUUCUACUAUUUAUUCAUGUAUUUAUAUUUCAGUGAUUAUACUUAUUUAUCAUUGUAUUUAUUUGUCAAUAUGUUGAUGUUGCACUGAUUCAUUGAUGCAUGCAAACAUUUGAAUUGUCCUACAUAUCUGCUCCUUUGAAUAAAUAUUCAAAUGAAAAUUGA